GCUAUAUUAGGCAGAAAAGAAAUUUGUAUCCUGCCUAAUAAUAUAACAAGAAUACUGGCUACUAAGUUUUGUGACAUGGAUUUAUGGAGAAAAACUUGCUUCAAUAUUGCAUUCUCUGCUGGUGGAAUGAAUGAAAACAAUAUAAAUAUGAGUCGCCUGGAUGUCUUUGUAUCACAUUUACUUGGAUGUACAUCGACAAAAACUCUCUUACAUUGGAAGCAGGUGUAUGAAAGUGGGCAGUUUAAAGAAUUCGACUACGGUUCUAAGAAUAUGGAGAAAUACAAUCAGACGACCCCUCCCUUAUAUGACAUAAGACGCAUGUAUACCCCAACCAUCAUUUGGAGUGGUGGAGAAGAUAUCAUGUCAACACAAGAGGAUACUGAACUUUUGCUCCCUCUUCUUAGGAACCUACUCCACUACAGAGUAAUUCCUCACUGGAUGCAUUAUGAUUUUGUCUUUGGGCUUAAUGCGUGUCAAGAAUUAUAUGACGAACUUGUUGAGAUAAUUCAGAAUUUCCCAUAAGAUGGGGAUCAUCUAGUGAGUCAGCAGCAAAACGGCAUUCCAGAAUGUUUCUUUAAGAGAAAAAAUGUAUGCUACCAUUAACGCAAAAGUAUCUAAUUCUUUUAUUUGGUGAUUUUUAAAAGGAUACCUUUCAUAUCAAAGUCAAUUUACAUGCGCUGAGACAAUGCAACUAGGGGAUUCUAAACAUUGGGAAGACUCAUAUGGCAAAGUGUUGAGUAAUAUGAGAAAGAUGAGAAAGAUGAUACCAAAUUAUUAGAGCUGAACCAAGAUUCUCAGGAUUCAACAGACUCCUCUUUCCCCCUAGAUUCAGUUGUAAAAAGCAGCAUUGGGGAGGAGGCGUUAAAAAAACAACAACUCAAAAUGGUAGCCAUGGCAAUAUGAUCUAUGUUUUGCCCCCAUUAUAUGUGUGUUGGCCUUGCAUACAUGUACA